GUCGUGACGCCACUUGGUUUCACAAGAUCGAAGCGUCGUGCGAGAAGACCGAGGAGCAUGGAGCCGACGCCCGUGAAGCUCACGAUGCAGCUCAUCCGCAAGAGCAUGCAGCUGCGCCCGGAAACGGCGAUCGACGAUGGCCUCGCCGUCGAAGGCGACGAGGUCGAGCACCUCUUGACGCGCAACGUGCUGCGCCUCGACUGGCUCGGCAUUGGCAAGAUCGAGAACCUCGAUGCGUUCACGCACGUUCGCGAGCUCUAUCUGCAGCACAAUGCCAUCCAAGUGCUCGAAAACCUCGAGCUGCAUACGAACCUCGACUUCCUUGCGCUCUCGCACAACCGCAUCUCGACAGUGGCCAACAUUGCAUGUCUGGCCAAGCUCAAGUUUCUCGACCUCUCGUUCAACGCCCUAACAGCGCUCGACCUUGACGAGCUUCCGCGCGGCCUGCGGGUGCUACGACUCGCAGGCAACCCGUGGGCGGAAGCCACCGCCAACUACGCCGAGCUGUGCUUUGACCGCCUUCCUUUGCUGCAUACAUGCGACGGGUACACGCGCAAUGUGCCCGCGCCGCACAGCCCGCCCCACGCGCAUCGGGACCGCCACGCAGCGCUGGCCGACGACACAUUGCUUGACGAUGCGGCACCGCGCGAUCACGUGAAGAAGCACAAGGAGCUCUUGAGCCAAGAGCACCGCAACAAGAUGCAAGAGCUCCACGAUGGCUUGCAGCAGACGCGCAGUGCGAUUGUCGAGCGGUCCACGGAGCGGCUGCGCGAGAAGCGCAAGAAGCUCCAAGAAGAGACGCAAGCGCACUUGCACGCGGCGGCGUCGCACGUCGAGCAGCUUCAUGUGCAGCAUGCAGCGUGGCGCAAGGAGCAGCUCCAAGCGCAUCAAGCCUAAGUCCUUUGAAUACAGUGCAUGUAUGUCCAAAUACAGUGCAUUGAUGUCCAAAUA